CAAAUCACACAAUGGUUAGCAGUUUCACUUUUCUUCCAUUACUUGAAAAAGUGUGACGGUCUUUGAAAGAUAGCGAGCAACCGCCGCGAAACCUUUUUCUAAGAUGGCAGAGCCGGGCAGGACUGUGAGAGUGAGUGGUCUGCCCACAGACAUUGUGGAUGAAAAGCUAAAAGAUAAGCUAUUUAUUCACUUCCUGAGAUCCAGGAAUGGUGGAGGAGAUAUAGACUCUGUCAUCAUUGACAAGGCCAACACGCCCGUCUCUGCCCUCAUCACCUUUGAGGACAGUAGAGUGGCACAGAGAGUUAUUCAACACAGCCGGCACGUUCUGGAAGUGGAUACGAAAAAGUAUGAAGUCAUAGUAACUGAGCACCGUGAAACCCUAGACCCAGACAAGGUCAUCCUAAAGUUAUCAGCUACUGUCGACUGCAGCGAACUUCCCGGAGGAGCACUGACAUUGACAAGCCUUUAUAAGAGCCACCCUGACAUCCAGAUUUACUACGAUGCUACUGUAGAAUUGUACAUAUUGCAUGGCACCUAUUCAAAAGUCCAAGAUGCCUUGGCACAACUACUUAGCGAUCCUGGAGGCCCACAAUCAGCAGAAGACUCAGGCCAACCUGCCGCCACUGGCUCCACGUCUGUUCAGAUAGCACAGGAGCCACAUACUCAAGAGUCAGAAGAUCAGAUCAGGAAUUCUAAUCAGCAAAGAGAACAAAGAGAGAAAGUUUACACUGGCAGACCCUCAGAUGAGUACAACUCACACAGAGACCUGACACCUGGUGGUUUUGGCUGGGAAGAUACUAGCCAGCCAGAGGGUGCAGCUCUGCAGGUUCCUGAGCAACCUACCACAUCAGAGGAGGACUUCUUACUAAUUGUGGAUGCAGACAUGUUCCAGUAUCUGCAGAAACACUGUCAAAAGGAAUACCAGCAUAUCCUUAGUCAGUAUGGUGUUGAUGUGGUGGAUAUGACAAAUCAGGGGUUGACUACUCUGUUUUUGCAGGUUGCAAAAGGUGUUGGGGAGGAUGACCAAGAUCAGGAGUGCCUGAAGUUAGCAAGAAAGGCAAUAAGUAGACUUUACCAAGAAAAUGAGACCAAGGUUCGCAGAGCUCAGCUCCCUAAGAAUAUUCUUUCCCCCAGGCGGGGACUGCAGAGAGCGAUGGAGAACUUAAGUGUCAGAUUUCCCAAGCUUCUUUUGAACACAGAUGACCAAAAUAUUUACAUUAUUGGAAGCAUUAGUGACGUGUCUGAGGCCAAGCUUUUUCUCCUGGACCACAGUGAAGUGAGGGGAAAAAAAGACGAUGUGGCCAGUCUUCUUAGAUAUCCUUCAUAUGAUUCAGGUUCAUCAACUCAUGCUGCUGAGCAGAGAGUCCAGCUGACCAGAUCCUUCACUGUAGAUUCUGUGGAUGAUAGGAUAGAUCAGCUGAGGUCAGAGGAGGAUGAAAGAAGGGCUGAAGGAGCCAGAAGGUAUAAACUUGCUGCUCGGUUUAAAGAAUCAGGACUGCCUGCAUUAGGCAGUCGGCCAACUGACUUCAGCUUACGAGGAGGAGGGCUCUCAUCUCCCAGUAGACAGACACGCCUUGGGCCAAUGUUAGGCCAUGAUGUACUGUCAGAAACAGCAGAUACUGCUGGUGAAAGUGUCCCCAGAGCAUUAGCCCAAAACACUGGAGGGGACAUCUUGUUUAAGAGUGGAGAUGCUUUGCCUUCAACCACUUCUAUGCAGAAUAAAACCUCCUUGACCUCGCAUUUAACUGAUGCUCGACCCAAGAGUUUAACAUCCCCCCUCAGCACAACCCAGUCCAGUUUGUCAGGAAGUACUCCACUUCCACCUGCUGGGUCUGGAUCCACCUUGAAGCGAGCUAGUAGUUUCUCAGGAACGCCUCAGAGGAAAGCCCACAUUUUAGGCCAGAAGAGUCAAGAUGACUCCAGCAAGUCCACAGUCAGAGCCAGGCCCCGGUCAUCUAGCUUCAGUAACCAAAGGGACAAGCAUGAAGUCUAUAAAGCAGAGAUUAAAGUUUCUUUUGUGAUGUGGCAGCACAUAAAAGAAGCCUACAGUGUCCGAGUUGAUGACUUGACUUCUGACGUCCAGAUGAAGGAGAUCCACUCAGAGGGUAGUGGUGACAUGACUGUUAUCUUAAGAGGAGCAAACUCAUCCAAAGUGAGUGCGAGUCGGCUAGGUUUACAGAAGCUGGUUGAUUCAGUUAAUGCGGACUUUACUGUACACAACCUGCGCUUGUCAGAGCUGGGUAUCACUGACACAGCAGAUGAAAACUUACAGGAUUGUUGUGACGAGGUGCGUAGCCAGUUUAAGAAGGUUACCAUCCGGAUUUUAAAGAAGAGUUUGUUCAUUCUCGGCCCAAAGCAUUUGUGUUCUCAGGUAGCUGCCUCACUUCGGGAGGUAUUUUCUGGAGAUUUAUCCCAAAUACCUGAACAACAGGGCUUCUCUACCCGCUCUACCUCCUCUACAUUUGUACAAACAAAUGAGGACCAAAGUACUAGUCUGCACAGUAGUCCUCAGGUGAUGCUAGAGAGCCAAACAGGCAAAACUGAUGGGACUGAUGGUAACCUAGAAAUAAGAACAAACCACAGAGAUGACAUCCGAGAGACGGAGCUGGUGAAUGGAUCUAUUAGCCAGCCAUUAGUGAAGAAAGACCCUGUCAUUAAGGAGAAAGUGAAAAUUGUAGAUAUGGUGGAGAUGGAUGGACAGAAGACUGAGACGUUUGUCAACCACUCAACAUCAGGAAAUGAUAAAAAUACAAGACAUGUAAAUGGUGCCGGGCCAACAACAGCUGGUACUGAUAAAGACAUGGCCCGUCAAACAAAAGAGAGAGCCAUGUUUUCUACCCAAGAGGACAGAAUGCAGCAAAGACAAACACUGAUCCAGGACACGCCAGAGGAAUCCAGGUCAGGUCUUGGAGGCCAAGGGUGCAUCUGUGUGUGUGGGAAGAGUGAGAAGCAGAUGACAAGAACUAAGUGCGGGGCUACCUUCUGCACAACGUGCCAGGACACUGUACAUAUCCACUGCAGAGUUUGCCAUGAGACAGAGUCAACACCACAAGGGAUCCAGGGCAAAAUGAAGAACUCUGUACUUGACAUGAGCGUACCAGGUCAUAAAGGCUCUACUAUCAAGAUCACCUAUAAAAUUUCUAAUGGUAUCCAAGAGGAGGGUCAUCCUUCCCCGGGAAAACCAUUUAAAGGUGGGGUGUUUGAAGCUUUCCUUCCUGACUGCGAGAAGUCAAGGAAGCUGCUGCCCAGGCUAGAGAAAGCGUUCAAGCAGGGACUCACCUUCACAGUGAUGGACAGAGAGACAGUGGCCAGGGUCACCUGGGACUGCAUCCCUCACAAGACGAGUCUAUAUGGAGGCAAAUCAGGGAACGGUUACCCAGAUUCUACUUACUUGAAUCGCCUGUCAGAGGUGUUGACCUCCCAUGGGAUUGAGGAGUCACCAGUCAAGUCUUAAGAAAAAGCAAUCUGAGGAGUUCUGUUGUAUUUUCUUUAUAUUUUUGAUUAGAGCCCAUUGCACUUUGUAUUAUGUAUUUUUUUGUAUUAUGAUUUGUAUAUGGUACCAGGUCCAAAUUCAUGCUGGCUGAUGAUGUAUAUAGCAAUUAAAACAUGUAGAAAUUUUAAGAUAAAUUCACAAUGUGUGUAAAUGACAAAUGUGCAUUUUCCACGCUUUCAGCUUUAUUAAGUAUAAAAUGCAUACUAUUCUGCAUUGUGUAUAAUACCUUGUAGAUUUUUUUGUACAUUUUUACCAUCCGAUGUCAUUCCAAGAUUCAUGUAGUAAAGUAAAACAUAAAGUAAAACAAAUAAAAAUGAAUGUCAUGUAAAAUGAAUGACUUUGUAAAAAUCUAUCUUGAGAUAAUUUCAUAAUGCGCACAGAAAUAAAAAAGCACAUCUCCUGACAUUUUGUUAUGCUUUUUUUAUUAGUCCUGGAAAACAUGUAAGGCAUAUGGUAACAUUACACACUGAAGCGUUACAAGCUCUAGAGGCCAUGUGAACAACAUGGCACCACGGAGUAAACCCAGAGUCAAGCACAGAAGCAGCAUCAAUUCAAAGGGUUUAAAAAACAAAGUCGAGACGAGAAGAGUGUUUGCAACCAGGAAAAAAAAGACAACACAAGGAAGGACAGAGUAGAGAACUAGCUUAGAAAUCAACCUGUUGGGUAUGCCUUGUAGAAAAUUACCAGUGGUGACUGAACACUAGCAGGAGGUGUGUAGUGAGUUUCUGAAGCAUUCCCAGAGAUAGGUUAAGGUGUAUCAUGAAUGUACCAGCUGGCCACGACAGUGCCCAUGCUGACGGUGAGGACUGGGAGUCAGGUGGCACAAGGGGGCAGUGGAUUGGCUUCAGUUGGCAACUUGACACGACUGGAAGGGCAUUUUCCUCCCUCACACCACACCACUACAUGACUACUAAACUACUGUGGAAAGAGAAUGUGAGCUGUACAUAAACACAUGCCUUUUUUUCUGGUCAACUACACAUGCAUCCUAGUACUGUACACGACAAGCCCAGCCAGGUUGUACUUCCAUAGCAUCUCUGCAAUGUUUUUGUGAUGUCGUCACAUUGCAAUACCUUCAAAAUGAAUGCUAAGGAAACAAAAGCUGCAGGCAGAUGUGGUUGUUUGGGUUCUCAGUGUGGAUGGGUGAGCUCUGAAUUAUUUGGAAAUAACUCAAUGUCAGAGCCUCUUCUUUUGACUCGGAAUACUAAAGCUUACAUCAAACAUGAAUGUGUGAAGGAAAGUCGGUGUGACAGUUGGUGCAGUGAACUCAGUGAAACACAGUGAAACAGAAUGAUGCUGUGUGUGUUAGUAAAUGCAAAAUUAAGUGGCUUCUUACAUGAAGAAUUCUGCUGUUUGGAAUGACCUGAGAAACCAUAUAAAACAGAAAGAAAUUCACCUCAAAGCUAAAUGGUGGGCGUCUGUGAGGAACUUCAGCUAUACAAGACAAGACAGACAGAAGAGUAGCUAUUGGAAAUACUACACUCAUUGUCUUAGUGCAUUUUUCAGACUUAAAACUACGAGUGUUAAUCAGUAAUAUCAAAUCUAAAACUGCAAAUGUUCAGAUUUUUUUUUGUUUAUUUUACUUUGAAACACUGUUUUUCUCCUGUGCAUCUCUGAGUUGCUAAGUACUCUUGCAUAAGUGUCUGGAAUGACUGGGAAACCACUUCAAGAUGACAUACACUGCAGCUUCACCAUGGUGGAAGUGCUCUCAGGCAUCAGGCCACCCGCCCAACUGAUUGAGUUCAUCUCAAAGGCAUCUUAGCUCAAAAGAAGCGAGGGGAAAAUGUUGAAAGAAAACGAUUAUAAUCUGUUUUCCACAUGCUGGUGCAUUCAUGCAAUUUCAAAUUCCAGAUGUCAAAGUAAUGUUUUAUUUGCUAUGAAUGUGCAUGGAGAGAGAAAGGGGUGAUAUAAAGAGGCGUUUUUGGCUGGCUGCUGCUGGACUGCGACUGUUGCACUGGCCAAGAGGCUCUGCGGAUGCAGCACAGGAAAAGAGGAACGUCUCUAAUAAUCCUUGAGUGAACUGAGAUCAGUUGUAAAGCGGAAAUGUUGUGUCUGGGGCAGACCGAGGCUGAGCUAUGAUCAGCCAAUAAGCUGGGGUUUUGUGCAGCUGUGUUACACUAUUGGCAUCCUUGCACAGCUGUGUGAAAACAUCUGCUCCCUCACUUGCUAUACAAGCCGUUUGGAAACAAACUGUAAGAAAUAAAAAUCCGUAGAGAGGAAUACCAUGGAGCUUUGGAUUUGGAGGAAUUUUGCAAAUUUCUGUGAAUCUAUAUGUCUUUUGGUGGAGUUUUGAACCUUAAAUGCACCACCUUCAGUUCCUUUUCACUGUGAUACUAAUAUUAUGGUUGUAAACACUUGGGAGG